AGUGCUUGAAAACGGGUGUAGCGAGAUAGUUGCAAGAAUGAAAUGGACGUGAGGCGCUGGAAUCAGCCGAGCGAGAACUGUAUCAAGUAAAUUAGUAAAACGCCGGCGUAGCCGAGUUUGAGGCCAGGAGCCAACAAACUCAUCAAUAAGACGAAAAAGAAGCCGGCUUGGCCGCUCUCAGGUCUCUCUCUGGCCGUGGUUUCAAUCCAAGACGCCGGCCACGUUCGUUCCCAGGUGAACGUCGCACAACAGGGUCAUGUUGCUAGGUUAAACGUCGAACGCCGACUUUGGAAGAUGCCGAAACGCACCUGUCCCUUCGAGUGCGCCCUGUCGACGCAGCUGAAGGUGCACGUGGGGGAGAAGCAGCUGGACAACGGCGUGUCGAGCGAGCAGCGGAUGAAGGAGGUUUACGACAAGACCCUGAGCUUGCUCAAGGCAGGCGCAAGGGCGUUCGUCCACAAGUUAAACACGGGAAUGGACUCUCCGGAUCCGACUUCCCCUCGGCGGCCGUCACCGUGCAAAUUCAGAUCCACGUCUUGUCUGAGGCAGAUGCUGCUGACCGAUAAGUUGCAACUGAAGCCCAGCGACAGGAUCGUCAACGAUGUCCCGGUGGACCUUUGCGGAUGCGGCCGACUAAUAGAUCGAUCUACGGUGAACGCGUGCUACUACUGCGAUCAGGCGCUGUGCUCCUACUGUCAGUCUACGUGCGCCAGCUGCGCGGAAUUGUUUUGCCAGAACUGCUCUCUACCUGUAUAUAACUGCGACGAGCAAGUUAUGUGUCUUAAUUGUUAUCGAUAGCUGCCAAAAGGUACUUUCUUCCAAGGGCUCCUCUCACAAGAAAUGCAUACUCGUAGCUUUGCCACUGGUCUACUGUAAUUUUACGUACAUACAAAUUAUAUAUCAUUGUUACGAAGGAUAUUCAAAUCCUGGACAGGUCUUUCAGUAAUUAUGAAUUCUCGUCUAUAGAAGUGUUUUAAUGAUUGUAUAAAAUUUUUACUUAUCUAAUUAAUUAUUUAAACAUUAUUUUAUAUGUAAAAAGGAAUUGUUAUGAACAGUUUUUAAAUAGUAUUGUAUAAUUGAGAGUCUACAAAGAGUGGAAAAAAUUGAGGCGCAAAUCUGUACUGAAGAAUGUAUAUAUGUAUAUACACGUACACGCGCAUUUUCUUGUAUCUUGAAUAUUGGAUGUGCAUCGUGGUACCUCGUUAAGUGUUUGAGAGAAAGUGUCGAUAAAGAAUGUAGAAAUUUCCUAAAUUAAGUUUAAAAGUCACGCUGUUACCCUUAUCUCUGUUUAUUUAAAAUAUAAGAUACAGUUGUAGCCUAAUAUCUUUGAUAUUUUAUAUAUAAUAAAUGAUAUAAACUAUAAUAAAUUAUGUGAGUAAAUCGUGUGAUUUCGCUUCGUUUGUUUUCAAUCGUUGCAAUUCACAGUGGAAGCUUCUAAAUGUGAAAUUUUCUUAAUUAGUGAAAAAUAAGACGUAAAAUUAAAAACUGCUCAAGUGUGACAAAGUUUUAAGGAUAUUUAACAAUUCUUCCAAAAUCUCAUGAUUUCUAGUUUUACAUAAAUGUAUAAAGUAAACAAAGAAGGUAUAAAACGUAUAUAAAACAUCACGUGUAUUUUUGAAAAUGUAUGAGACGUAACUUUUUUCCCCACUUGCUAUUUGAAUUAAGUACAUCUGUAUGUAAUGAGACAAAACGGUCGAUAAAACUUGUGUCUGUUAAUUGCAAUAAAAUGAAGUACUGCU